AUUUACUGUAUCUGUUUGUCAACCACGUUGAUCGGCUAUUUUGUACAUAUGUUCUGCUGUGUUUUUCGGAUCGUUUUUUCCAAAAUUUUCUGACAUGAAGCAUAGUGACGAUGUUUGGAAACUUUGUUUCCCUUUAUUAAUUAAUUUCGCGAUGUCCUGUGUCGCGUAUUUUUUGACUGUACGCUUAAUACCGCGGAUAAAAAAUAUGUUUAUCAAAGCUAACCUAUACGGGAUUGACAUGAACAAAAGUACCGGUAAAAAAGUGCCGGAGGCGUUGGGUGUUGUUAGUGGGUGUCUGUUUCUUAUAACGCUAUUUCUGUUUAUCCCUGUACCAUUUACAGAUUAUAUAUUUAGUGACGUAAACUUUCCCCAUAAUGAGUUCAUGGAAUUUUUGGCUGCUCUACUUUCAAUUUGUUGUAUGCUACUUUUGGGUUUUGCUGAUGACGUUCUGGACCUUCGUUGGCGCCAUAAACUGUUAUUGCCAACCAUUGCUUCAUUGCCACUUUUAAUGGUCUAUUACAUUAAUUUUAAUUCCACACUAAUCAUUGUGCCCAAACCCUUAAGAUCUUGGUUCGGUUUCUCAGUGGACUUAUGGAUACUUUACUAUUUAUAUAUGGGAAUGCUAGCAGUGUUCUGUACAAAUGCCAUAAACAUAUUAGCUGGCAUAAAUGGUUUAGAAGUUGGACAAAGCCUGGUGAUCUCAAUAAGCAUACUCAUUUUUAAUAUCAUCGAGUUGUCGGGAGAUCUUUGGAAAGCACACCAGUUCUCAUUGUAUUUCAUGCUUCCAUAUACAGCUACAUCGUUGGGUUUACUAAAAUUUAAUUGGUGCCCGGCAGAAGUAUUCGUAGGGGACACUUUUUGUUACUUGUCAGGAAUGACGUUUGCCGUUGUCGGCAUUAUUGGGCACUUCAGCAAAACAACUUUGUUGUUUUUCAUUCCACAAAUUAUUAAUUUUCUGUACAGUGUGCCACAAUUGUUCCAUUUUAUACCGUGCCCUAGACAUAGAUUACCAAAAUACAAUAAAGAGAUAGAUAAGUUGGAGCCUAGCAAUACUGUAUUCAACAAAAAUGAGAUUGGUUUUAUUGGUAAAAUCGUAAUGUGGAUAUUUACGAAACUACAUUUAGUGAAAUGGAAAGAAGAUAAAAAAGCUAUUGUUACUUGUAACAACUUCACUUUAAUCAACUUUGUAUUAAUCAAAGUUGGCCCACUUAAGGAGUCUACUCUUACAAUGAUUUUACUAUUAAUUCAGGUUUUUAGUAGUUUAUUAGCAUUUGUUAUAAGAUAUCCUCUCGCUUCGAUCUUCUACGACGUGUGAAGAAGAACAUGUUAGAAAUCAAGGCAUAUACAGCAUUCUGUAUAAUUACAUUAUCAUUUCUCAAUGAAAUGAUGUUUUUGUACGGAUUUACUCUUGUACAAGAAGUUUUAAAUGUACAUGUACUUUCAGGGUUUGUAUCUGUCAUUUAUAUAAUUAUACGUUUCAUAAAUGAGCAUAAACAAAUGUAAAUAUUACUGUACUUUUUCUCAGGAAAAGUGAAUAUGUUCCUUUUCAGUUUUUAAGUAAUGUUGGCCAAUAGUAAUAAAUACCGUAGUAUAGCGGAAAUAAAAUUGUAAUAUAAGAAAAUAAAAUUUAUAUUAUUUAAUAAAUAAUACAAUAAUAACAUUGA